UUCUGCUUCUAUCUAUCCAUUCUGCUGUUGCCGACUCAUCAGUGAUCGGUGCCUGCCCGAACUAAUUUCGCCCUUUAAGCCCAUUGCGCCACUUGUGCGGUGCUCUUCAUUUGCUCACAUACUCCAUAGCAAAGUCAGUCCACACACACAUCCGAGGCUCCACCGGGCAAAGGGAUAAUCAAAUCUUCCAACCAGAUAAUCAUGGCUGAUGCGGUAAACGAGAAAAUCGUUGAACAAGGGAACAAAAUCCGAGAGCUCAAAGCCUCAAAACCAGAUAAGGCUGCACUCAAGGCUGAAAUUGACGUUCUAUUAGCUUUGAAAGCCGAGUACAAGUCGUUGUCCGGCGUCGAUUGGAAACCCCCUGCAUCCGGUGGAGGUGGUUCAUCCGCCGCUCCGCCCAAAAAAGAAGCCGCUCCAGCCGAGGCCAAAGCGCCUGUUCCAAUUUUAUAUGAGGGCGGUGGUCUCACCCCUGAAGAUGAGAAGGCUUUGAAGGAUUGCGCGGCCAAUACACUGGAUAUCAAGAUUCAGAAUUGCGGCGAUGUGGUGCGACGGUUGAAAACCGAAAAAGCUGAUAAGAGCAAGAUUGAUACCGAAAUCAAAGUCUUGCUCCACUUGAAAUCGGUUUUUAAGGACAAGACCGGCCAAGAUUGGGUGCCGCUGGAGAAACGUGGCAAAGAGGCUAAAAAAGGUGGCAAAGAAAAUAAUCAGGCCCCCAAACCUGCUGAAGAAGGUGAUAAAUCUGAGAAGCAGUUGAAGCGAGAGGCCAAGAAGGCCGAAAAGAAAUCGAAAAAGGAUCAGCACAAAGGCGUGGCGGGUGCAGUGGGUGCAGAGGCGGCAGAGGGGGACGAAAAGGAUGAUAGUGGGCCCGAUGUGGCUGAAGGAAAAUAUGGCAAUCUUCCCAUGAACCAAUCUCGGGAUAAACCCAAGCGAACCCUCGUGGAUAUUGCCAUUUUAGGAGCCAAGCUCGCCGGGCAAUCAGUUUGGGUCCGCGCCCGACUCCAUACGAGUCGUGCCAAAGGAAAGCAAUGUUUCUUCGUCCUCCGACAAAACCAAAAAAGCGUUCAAUGCAUUGCAUUUGUUUCGGAAUCUAUAAGCAAGCAGAUGAUUAAAUUCAUUUCCAGGGUUUCAAAGGAGAGCAUUGUCGACGUUUUUGCUACAAUGACGAAAGUGGACACCAUGAUCGAAGGAUGCUCCCAAAAAGAUGUCGAGCUUUGUGUUCAGGAGGUUUUCGUUGUUUCCCAAUCCGAGCCUCAAUUGCCGCUGCAAAUCGAGGAUGCUGCCAGAAAAGUGACUGAUUUGGACGCCGACUCUUUAGCCAUCAAGGUCAACCAAGACACUCGUUUAGACAACCGAGUCCUGGACUUGCGAACCCCCACGAAUCAAGCCAUUUAUCGAUUGCAAGGCGGAGUGUGCCAACUGUUCCGCGAAUCCUUGAGCAAACGUGGUUUCGUCGAGAUUCACACCCCCAAAAUUAUUUCUGCUGCCAGCGAAGGGGGGGCCAAUGUAUUUACGGUCUCAUAUUUCAAGAGCAAGGCCUAUCUGGCUCAAUCACCCCAGUUGUACAAGCAAAUGGCCAUUGCUUCCGACUUUGGCAAGGUCUUUACGGUGGGGGCCGUCUUCCGUGCUGAAGAUUCGAACACUCAUCGACAUUUGACCGAAUUCGUGGGCCUUGAUUUGGAGAUGGCUUUCAAUUUCCACUACCACGAGGUAAUCGAUGUGAUCGGUUCCAUGUUUACGGAAAUGUUCAAAGGAUUGCGCGAUCGUUAUGCAAACGAAAUCGCGACCAUCAAUGAACAAUAUCCCGCCGAGCCCUUCAAGUUUUUGGAUCCUCCUUUGAAGCUUAAUUUUGUAGAAGGGGUGGAGAUGUUGCGUGAAGUAGGCGUGGAAAUGGACGAAGAAGAAGACUUGUCCACCCCCAAUGAGAAGCUCUUGGGCCGUUUGGUGAAAGCUAAAUACGACACAGACUUCUAUAUCCUGGACAAGUUUCCCUUGGCCGUGCGGCCAUUCUACACGAUGCCGGAUCCGAACAACCAAAAAUGGUCCAACUCAUAUGAUAUGUUUAUGAGAGGCGAAGAGAUUCUCUCGGGUGCUCAGAGGAUCCACGACCCCAGUUUUUUGGUUGAGCGGGCUAAGCACCAUCAAAUAUGCUUGGAUACGAUCAAGGCCUACAUCGAUUCGUUCCGAUAUGGUUGUCCUCCUCAUGCCGGUGGCGGUAUUGGCAUGGAAAGAGUUUGUAUGCUGUAUCUGGGCCUAGACAACAUCAGAAAAACAUCCAUGUUCCCCCGCGAUCCCAAGCGAGUGACUCCAUAGGAGAAUAUCAGCCACGGCUUCCAUUUUGCCUCGUCCGGGGAUACUCGAAGCAGAUUUUAACCCCAAGAGCAAGGCUCAUGAGCGUCGAUAUUUGACCGUGGAUGAAGCUGAUUCAAGACCCCGGAGAUUAUCCUGGAAGUCCGUCGCACCAACAGAGUUUCGUCACACCCAUCAAACUCGGCUUCAAACUCAAGCUCAAAUUGAGAAAUCCUUCCACGAAAUGACGUUGGUCUAAAUUGUCACGGUUGGGUGGAAAGACCGCAUAGGAGGAACUAAGACGAAUUCACUCUCAAAGGAUGAAAGGAUGGUCAGCUUCCAUUAGAGGUCAAAGUCGAGAUCAAGGGUCAAUUUCUUUUCUUUUUGAAAACCUCUCCCUCCCACGGUGA